AAAAAUCAAUUUGCUUAUGGUCUCUGCCAAUCGCAUCCAGACACGUGUCACUAAACCUACAUUACACCCCACACGCGUAACCUCACGCGCUCACACACCAGAGAUCCUCCGCCUCGCGCCGCCGCAAGCUCCGUCGCCAUGGCCGCCGUCAUGGUUCAAUAGCUGCGUUCUGAGAGCCGUCGAUUAGUCUCUAUUGCCGGCUUCGUCCGUGGACGGUCGCGAUGAAGUGUGUAAAGAGGCCCUUGCUCGAAGUUAGGGAUUUGAGAACUGUGUUCGUUAGAAUUGAGGUAGGAGAUUCUCAAGGGCAUCGAUUUUGUGGUCUACGAAGGAGAGGUUCAUGCGAUGAUGGGGAAGAGUGGCUCAGGGGGAGGGGGACAUUUUCGAAGGUUCUUGUUGGCCAUCCAGAUUAUGAAGUAAUGGGGAGACAGUACUGUGUUUAAAGCCUAGAAUCUGCUUGACUUGGAACCAGAGGAAAGACCUCUCGCCGCCCUCUGAAUGAGUUUUCCAGUCCCCGAUUGAGAUCCCGGAUGUUAGCUUAGCAAUAUGGAUUUCUCGCAUAUGGUGUUGUUCAGUGCUCGACGAAAGAAAGCUUGGUCCUUGGAGCUGAUUUGGCUAUACUGGAUGAAAUUGAAUCUGGUUUGGAUAUCGAUGCUCUUCAAGGCGUGGCGAAAGCAGUGAACAGACCGUUGAUCCCGAAGAAAUCCGUUUUAAUGAUAACCCACUGCCAACAUCUACUGAAGUCCAUCAAAAAACCGACUUUCAAACACAUCAUGCAUUCUCUGUAUCGGUUUUUGUUGCUGCUGCUGCUUAUUGUCACCUGGAAGAUACACCUCCAGUGUUCUGUUUUAACUUAUUGAUUUGAGUCAGAUUCUGAAUCAUUUGAAUACUCAAUCUACCUAUAUCGGAGUAGAAGUCGUUAUCUGAUUCCGGAAUGUUCAAUAUUUGAUGUCUGAUGUUGUUCAACAACUCAGCCGUAUGAUAUAAAGGAUGUAGUGUGGUUGCUCUGAGAUGAUGCCAUUGCGUUCUUUUGAUCAGAUCUUGAUGUAGAGAGAUUACUUGAUGAUUUUCUGGAGAAGGGAUUAGGAGAAUUAAGGAUAUUAGAUGGGGAAUACCUGUGUAGGACCAAGCAUUACCAGCAAUGUAGGGUUUUUGCAAUCUGUUUCCUCAGCAAUAUGGCCGCCAUGGAAGGGGGAUCAUUUGGUUUCCCAGACUAACGACGAAGCUGCCAAUGAAGCACCUUCGAGGGAAUUGCAAUCUCCACUACCUGCAGUGCAAGAUAAACCCCCUGAACAGCUCACAAUGCUUAAGCCAGAGGCUAACACCGAAACGGAACCAAAACCCGAACCAGAGGUACAAUCUGAAACCGACCCAGAAUCCCAAUCAGAAACAAACUCAACGACAAAAUCCGGAACUAAACCAGAAACCAAGCCAGAAGCCAAACCCGGCAUUCCAGCUAAACCGAAGAAGCCUACACAUAUGAAGAGAGUGUCCAAUGCUGGGCUUAGAACCGAGUCAUUGUUGCAGAGGAAGACUGAAAACUUUAAGGAAUUAUAUUCCUUGGGAAGGAAACUCGGACAAGGGCAGUUUGGGACAAUAUUUUUAUGUGUGGAGAAGACUACGGGGAAAGAGUAUGCCUGCAAGUCGAUUUCUAAGAGGAAGUUAUCAACAGACGAGGAUGUGGAGGAUGUUAGAAGGGAGAUUCAGAUAAUGCAUCACUUGUCUGGUCACCCAAAUGUAAUAUCCAUUAAAGGGGCUUAUGAGGAUGCUGUGGCAGUACAUCUUGUGAUGGAGCUAUGUGCAGGUGGUGAGCUUUUCGAUAGAAUACUUAAACGUGGUCAUUAUACUGAGAGGAAAGCAGCUGAGCUCACACGAACCAUAGUUGGGAUCGUGGAAGCUUGUCAUUCUCUUGGUGUCAUGCAUCGAGACCUGAAGCCCGAGAAUUUUCUGUUCGUCAGUAAACAGGAAGAGUCUCUCUUGAAGGCAAUUGACUUUGGAUUGUCAAUAUUCUUCAAGCCAGGCGAUGUUUUCACCGGCGUUGUUGGUAGCCCAUAUUAUAUAGCUCCAGAAGUCCUUCGAAUGCAUUAUGGUCCUGAAGCAGACGUAUGGAGUGCUGGUGUGAUUGUUUACGUUUUAUUAAGCGGAGUUCCUCCAUUCUGGGGUGAAACCGAGCAAGGAAUUUUCGAACAGAUCCUCCAUGGAGAUGUUGACUUCACAUCUGAUCCCUGGCCUAGCAUCUCUGAAAGUGCAAAAGACUUAGUGAGGAAAAUGCUCGUGCGAGACCCAAACAGAAGAUUAACUGCCCACCAAGUUUUAUGUCAUCCAUGGGUGAAAGUUGAUGGAACAGCUCCAGACAAGCCUCUGGAUUCCGCUGUUCUGAGCCAUAUGAAGCAAUUUUCUGCCAUGAACAAGUUCAAGAAGAUGGCUCUUAGAGUCAUUGCUGAGAUCUUAUCCGAGGAGGAAAUAGCUGGCUUGAAAGGAAUGUUCAAGAUGAUAGACACUGACAAGAGUGGUCAGAUAACUUUCGAAGAACUGAAAGCAGGACUGAAACGGGUUGGUGCCAAUCUCAAGGAAUCUGAAAUUCGUGACCUAAUGCAAGCUGCUGAUGUGGACAACAGUGGAACAAUAGAUUACAAGGAGUUCAUAGCCGCUACAUUGCAUCUGAACAAAAUAGAGAGGGAGGACCAUUUAUUUGCGGCCUUUUCUUACUUUGACAAGGAUGGGAGCGGUUAUAUCACUGCAGACGAGCUCCAGCAAGCUUGUGAGGAGUUCGGUGUAGAGGAUUUCCGAAUAGAAGAAAUGAUGCGAGAUGUUGAUCAAGACAACGAUGGGCGGAUAGACUAUAACGAGUUUGUGGCAAUGAUGCAGAAAGGGACCAUCACUGCCGGACCGGCGAAGAAGGGUCUAGAAACUUGCUUUACCAUUGCACUGAGACAAUAGUUUCAGGUGUUUCGAAACAGGAAGAAUAGAGAUCAAUACAUACGAUGGUUUUGUGUAGCAGAGUGCAUAGCCUAUACUCUGUUUUAGUCUCUAGAAAGUUCCAAUCUUUUGGUGAGAUUUUUGUUCUGAACUUGUUUCAGCAGCAUUCUCUGUGCAGAUAUAGGGUUUUUUUCUUUUUUUUUUCAGUUACUUCCGGACAUAUGGGAAACAAUUGUGACAUUGCCGGAAACAGACAAGUUUACUAUAUGUUCCCAACUGAUAGGGUCAACUCACAAGUUCUUAACUGCA